AUGGACGAAUACACAGAUAACGCUAUUAAGAUUAUAAACAAUGCUACAGAGUUGGCUAAAGAGCAAUCCAAUAGUCAGCUUUUACCACUUCAUUUCCUUGCUGCUUUUAUUCCAACUGAUGAUACUGAAGGUUCUACACAAUAUUUGAAAACAAUUGUCAAAAAGGCUAGAUAUGAAUGGGGUGAUUUUGAGAGAAUUGUCAACAGACACUUGGUGAGAUUGCCAUCCCAGAACCCUCCACCAGAUGAAAUAAGACCAAGUUAUCAAGCUGGACAAGUAUUGAUGAAUGCCAAUAAAAUAAAACAACAACAAAAAGAUAGCUAUGUUGCUCAAGAUCAUAUCUUGUUGGCAUUGUUAGAAGACCAAUCCAUUAAAGAUAUUUUCAAAGAAGCUGGUAUGAAUGUCGACAAUAUUAAAACCCAAGUGAUAGAAUUAAGAGGUUCACAACGAAUUGACUCCAGACAAGCUGAUUCGUCUUCAUCCUAUGAGUUUUUAAACAAAUAUUGUGAAGAUUUCACUGAGAAAGCUAGAGAAGGUAAAAUUGAUCCUGUUAUUGGACGAGAAGAAGAAAUCAGAAGAGUCAUAAGAGUUUUAGCUAGAAGAAGUAAAUCCAAUUCAGUUUUGGUUGGUGAUGCUGGUGUUGGUAAAACUUCUAUUGUUGAAGGUGUGGCUCAAAGAAUUGUUGACGGUGAUGUCCCAAAUGUCUUGGCUGGCGCAAGAUUAUUUUCCCUUGAUUUGGGUGCUUUAACCGCAGGUGCUAAAUAUAAGGGUGAAUUUGAAGAAAGAUUAAAAGGUGUCUUGGGUGAAAUUGAAAAAUCCAAGGAAUUUAUAAUUUUGUUUAUUGAUGAAAUCCAUAUGUUGAUGGGUGAUGGUAAAUCUGAUGCCGCCAAUUUGCUUAAACCAAUGUUGGCAAGAGGAGAAUUGCACUGUAUUGGUGCCACAACUUUUGUUGAAUACCGUAAGUUCAUUGCUAAAGAUGGUGCAUUUGAAAGAAGAUUCCAAAAAAUAGAUGUUCCAGCUGCUACUGUUCCUGAAACUGUUGCUAUCUUGAGAGGUAUUCAACCAAGAUAUGAAAUACACCAUGGUGUCCGUAUUUUGGAUAGUGCUUUGGUUACUGCAGCUCAAUUGGCUUCCAGAUAUUUAACCUACAGAGCCUUACCAGAUUCUGCUGUCGAUCUUGUUGAUGAAGCUGCAGCUGCUGUGGCUGUUGCUAGAGAUUCUAAACCAGAAGAAUUGGAUACUUUAGAAAGACAGUUACAUUUGGUUGAUGUUGAAAUCAAUGCAUUGGAAAGGGACAAAGAUGCUGAUGCUGCUUCUAAAGACCGUUUGACUAGAGCUAGAAAGAAGAAAGCUGAAUUGGAAGAACAAAUUGGUCCAUUGAAUGAAAGAUACAGACAAGAACGUGCCAGUCAUGAGCAAUUGAUUGCUGCCAAGAGAAAGUUGGAUGAAUUGGAAGUCAAGGCACAAGAUGCUGAAAGAAGAUAUGAUACCGCCACUGCUGCUGAUUUGAGAUAUUUUGCUAUUCCAGAUUUAGAAAAACAAAUCGAACAAUUGGAAGUCAAGGUUGCUGAAGAAGAGGCUUCUAAUAUGGAAAGUUUGACAAAGAAUGCUGUUGGACCUGAACAAAUUUGUGAAACUGCUGCCAAAUUAACUGGUAUCCCAGUUACCAAGUUGUCACGUGCUGAAAACAACAAAUUGAUCAAUAUGGAAGCUGAAUUAUCCAAAGAAGUUGUUGGUCAAUCUGAAGCUGUUAAAGCUGUUUCUAAUGCUAUUAGAUUAAGAAGAUCAGGUUUAGCUAAUCCAAACCAACCUCCUUCAUUCUUGUUCUUGGGUCUUUCUGGUUCUGGUAAAACAGAAUUGGCUAAGAAACUUGCUGGUUUCCUUUUUGCCGAUGAGUCAGCUAUUAUUAGAAUUGAUUGUUCAGAAUUAGGAGACAAAUGGUCUGCUUCUAAAUUGUUAGGUGCUGCACCAGGUUAUGUUGGUUAUGAAGAAGGUGGUAUUUUGACUGAGCCAUUAAUCAGACGUCCAUAUUCUGUUGUUUUGCUUGAUGAAGUUGAAAAAGCUGCUCCUGAAGUUUUAACUGUUUUGUUGCAAAUCUUGGAUGAUGGUAGAGUCACUUCUUCUCAAGGUAAACUUGUCAACUGUUCCAAUGCUAUUUUCAUUAUGACAUCGAAUUUGGGUGCUCAAUACAUCAAUGCUGCUAAAGGUAACAAGAUUGAUGCCAAUACGAAGGAACAUGUUAUGGAUGCUGUUAGAGCUCAUUUUAGACCAGAAUUCAUCAACAGAAUCUCAAGUAUUGUUGUGUUCAACAGAUUAUCCAGGAAAGCUAUUUCCAAGAUUGUCAAGAUUAGAUUGCUGGAGAUUGAAAAUAGAUUCAUUGCUAAUGGUAAAGACAUCAAGUUGGAGUUGGAUGAUUCAGCAAUGGAAUACUUGUGCAAGAAUGGUUGGUCACCGGAUCUUGGUGCUAGACCUUUGAACCGUUUGAUUCAAAAUGAAAUUUUAAACAGAUUGGCAGUGAUGUUGUUGAAGGGCCAAAUUAAAGAUAAAGAAACUGCUAAGGUUGUUCUUGGAGAAAAAGGUUUAGAAAUCUUGCCUAACCACGAAGCUGAAGACAUAGAUAUGGAUGAUGUUGAUGUUGACGAUUGGGAAGAUUCUGGUGAUGAAGAUGAUGACAAUGCUGGAUUUAAAUCACCAGGUCUUGAUUAG